UUUAUUGAGAUUGGAAACUCGAGUCUCGGUACGGAUGCACCAGUUGCUGCGCGCUCAUUGGUUGGAAUUCGCUCGUCGUCGAGGACAUCCGCGUGAGAGUGACGGAGCGAGGAAUAAUAGUGGGGUUGAUCGAGGUGCGACACGACAGACAGAGACAGUCGACAUAAGUUGACCCGUGUCAUCGCGCUCGAGCGCGCCCGUUCCGCUCGCAACUCUCUGGUGGCAGCGUAACGUCACGCCGAAUCGCCGUCGGUCAGCGAGCUGAAUUGUAAUACGCUUUCCAUUGUGUGGUCACCAAGUGCAGUUCCGUGUGCGUCGCGCGUGCUACGCUCGGGAGCGCCGCGAAGUGCUGUGCAAUUCGCACCGACAUAAUACGCGAGACGAGGCUAUAAUGUCGGUCUGAUCGUGGUCUCAACAUGACCGUGGACUUUGUCGAUUACUUUUGGGGCGAAAAGAAUAAUGGAUUUGAUGUAUUGUAUCAUAACAUGAAGCAUGGUGUGGUAGCCAGUAAGGAAUUGGCUGAAUUCUUGCGAGAGAGAUCAGUCAUAGAGGAGAACAAUUAUAAGCUCCUUAGUAAGGUAGCGAAGCAGGCAAGCAAUAGCACGCAAGGAACAUUCGCACCUGUAUGGGCCGCUUUGAGAGGUGCUGCCGAGAAAUUGGCUGUUUUGCAUCUGCAGAUGGCCCAGCGAGUCGGUGAAUUGAUAAAAGAUGUGUCAAAAUACGCGGAAGAACUGCAUAAGAAGCACAAGGCUGUGAAGGAGGAAGAAUCAUCUACUUUAGAGGUUGUACAGAGUAUGCAGAGUAUCACUGUGACGUUGCAUAAAGCGAAAGACAUGUGCCUGCAAAAAGGUUUAGAAUUAGAGAAAUUGAGAAAGGACAAUGCCAGUCAGAGGGAGCUGGAGAAGGCGGAAGUCAAGUUCAGAAAGGCGCAGGACGAUUACAAGGCGCUGGUGGACAAGUACACGGUCAUACGAAACGAUUUCGAGGCGAAAAUGACCCAAGCCUGCAGGCGAUUCCAAGAUGCCGAGGAGAUGCAUUUGAAGCACAUGAAGGAGUUCUUGAACACAUACGCCGACGUCUUGCAAACUAAUCACGAACAAGUCGGCCAGGUACAUAUCGAUUUCAAACGGCAGUGCGUCGAUAUGACGGUGGAGAAGUUGUUGGAACAAUUCGUGCAGAGUAAAUACACGGGUUUUGAGAAGCCAGGUGUGAUCGAGUACGAAGAGGUGAUGACGAGUUUAGCGGAAUUGACCGGCCACUCUCAGUCCGAAGGCACCGUAGAGACACCGAAGGAAACGUCGAAGGGCACCAACGGCGAAACAGGCGUAGCUGGUAACAGUCACAGUUCAAAGAAAGAUCAGGGAUUAAAGGGGGAGGGUGGUACUUUAAGGGUACUGGACGGGGAAAAGGGGAGGGUGGAAAAGGAUAGAGAAAAAGAAAGACAGAAGGAAAAGGACAGAGAACUGUCACAUGUACAAGCCACCAAGGCUUCCCGCCGUACUACCUCGCUACUCAACCUGUUCAUGUCCAACUCCCAGGACAAACAGAGGCAAGCAGGGUCGUCUGGUUCGGCACCUGCCACUCCUCAAGGGAACAACCUGCCUCCUGCUGUUCCACCUCCCAGCAUCUCCAGGAACCCUCUCAGAGGAUCUAAAUGGUUUCUCCGCAGUAGAAGGGAAAAGCGAAAGGAAAAGAAGGCGAAGAAGAAGAAGGACCUUGUGGAAACGAGCAGCAACAAAGAAGAAAAGUCUGACCUGGAGGACAAAGACGACAGCAGAAAGUCGGAAACACCGACGCCAGAAGUGGACGAGGAUGGUUUCUGUAUCAGACCAAAACCGGAUCCAUGGGAAAACGAGAAAGGAUUCUAUUCUAGUUCUGAUACGGAUUCGGAGGACGAUAGGGAACGUAAAAUUCGAGUGGAAAUCAAACCACUGAGUAACGGUGGUGCACCGAUGAGCGCAAGUGUGGAUGAACUGAGGGCGACUGUCGAAAAUUUAUCAUUGUCACCUGCACCAACAGGACGUAGAGGAUCGAAUACCGAUUCCGAUCAUCACAUGAAAAGGUCUCAGUCAGUGUCACAGCAAUUAGGAGGUAAGCCAAGCUCGGAUUUACUUGGCCUAAACUUGUUCAAUCCUAGCAGUACACCGUCGAGCGCAUCGACACCGACCGGCAGCCAUCCCUACGCUCCGCUCCAGAGCCCACCGCCGCUCUCCACGUCGCCAACCCCGUCGCAGCCGCCGCCACCGCAGUCCGCGCCGCCUACACACCCCCACACUCGAUUCCCAGAUGGCGAUCUGUUUUCGGAAGUUGGGGACAUCACGCCGGCCUUGCCGCCGAAGCAAUCCGCGUCCUCUACGCCUACAGGGUCGAUCGUUAUACCUAGGCCGCCUUCACGUAGAGGAGAGGGUCCUUCUCCGCGCGGUAGGAUGUCACCUGCGACGAUAUCCCGCGCCGACAGCGUCGCCAGUCUGGAGUUUCGUACGGCCGGUGUGGGCGUGGGCUCCUCGCGAGGGCCAUCCCCGCUCACGAUCGGCUUAGCGGACACCAUUCCGCUCGCAGUGGCGUUCCACGAAAUUGUGCAUUCCUACUUUCGCGGUACAGACGAGACUCGAUGUCAGGUGAAGCUCAGCGGCGACAUGAUGCUCUCUUUCCCGGCUGGCAUUGUUGCGGUUCUAGCGAACAAUCCCAAUCCCGCCAAGCUGACCUUUCGCGUGAGAAACACCAACAGACUGGAGAGACUGGUGCCGAACAGCCAGCUCAUCAGCAUGGACGCGACGCAAACCACCGUCGACAGUACAAUCUACGAAUUCAACAUGAGUGCCUUAACUACCUUGCUACGGCGGCAAGCUGAGCAGAAUCCUUCGGCCUCGUAUUUCAACGUGGACAUCCUCAAGUAUCAGAUCAAGGGCAAGGAGGGCGCCGGCUCUUGUCCCUUCCAGUUGGUCGCAUAUUGGAAGUGUGAGGCGACUCAUACCGAUCUUAAGAUCGAUUACAAAUACAAUAGUCGCGCCAUGGCCUCGCCAAGUCCUCUGCUGAAUCUCCAUGUAGCAGCGCCUAUUGACGGAGGCUUCAAGUCGCUCAACAGCCAACCGCCAGCGCAGUGGUUACCCGAUACGAAUCGCGUGUUAUGGAAAUUCACGGAGCUGUCGCAGCAUAGCGAAGGUAACGGAGUUGGGUCUCUGAAAGCACGGGUCGAACUUGAACGCGGCCCGGGUAAUCAGGGCACGAUAUUCACCCAGUUCAAUUGCGAGGGGACCACACUGUCAGGUGUCGAAUUCGAGCUUAUAGGCGCUGGAUACAGAUUGAGCUUGGUGAAACGAAAGUUUGUGUCUGGAAAAUACAUAUGUGAUGGAGAUUCAGACUCGCGUAGCAGAUACGCCGCGCCGCCAUCUAACGCGGACUGACGACUUCCAGAAUGGGCGCCUCAAUGGGAGAGCCAGCCCAUUUAAUAUUGGUUGAAGUCGCUUAAUCACUCACUGCCUAUAUCACGACUAUCGAUCGUUCGUAGUCUGAAUACGUGUGGGGAGGUUCGUUGGAUACCAAAGCGUGAGUCGAUUGAGGAUAAAAUGGAUCUUUUUGUAAAUGUCGCAUGUUAAACGCGAUUGCUUUUGCAAGAAAAAGCGCCGUGCAACAAAAUCGGCCGCCUUGUUCGAAACUUAAACGCAAUAUCGAUAUUUUCCCUCGCGCGUUUAACGUCGAACGUGAACCGCUCCAAGUCUUUAUUUCAAGUGUUAAGCCACACUAUAUUUGAUCUUAGCCGGAAUUUGCGGGAUUUAAAAAAGGUGCGCGUUUGAGGCAAAAUGCACCCUGUUCUAAACGCAGGCCGAUAUUACUUGGCAAUUCGAACGAACGCGAAUAGGGAGAUACGAUAGAUCUGAUUUGGUGUGAGUCACGCGCUACCUGACGACGAACGUGUGUUCUAUGUUUUAUAACUCGUAUAUUUUUUAAUUUUCUAUAUAUCCCGCAUUGGAGAAAAAAAAAUAGGCUGUAUUACUAUUUUAAUGUAGUCUUUACAAGAGACUAUAAAACGCGAUAAAUACGCGAACAAUCUUCUUCGUCGAGAGAGAGAUUUUCGCGUGAAAAUUCCUUUGGUGUCCAGCAUAUUCUCCAGCACGAAGACCUCCGCCAUUUAAUUCUCUCUAUAUAAUCAAAAUACAUCGCGAUAUCUUUUCCUCUCUUUUUUUCUAUCUGGACCCUCUCCCAAAAGUACAACACUAUUGUUAUAUUUUGCGUUAUUUUAAUAUAGAUAGUAUAUUAGCAUUAUUACAUUGUUAAUAACCGUGCGCGGAAGAAGAGAGUGUAAAAGGAUAUGUAAACGUCGAUUCAGUACGUAUAUUUAGCAUUUAUACUUUGGACAGAAAAGGCGCACUGUUUGCGAGAGCCUUUUGACGGGAAGACCUGCGUGUGCUAGUUUUUUAGUUUAUUUUCAUAUAUGCGCGAAGAUGUGAGAGUAUUAAAUAGUAAGCCGUGCGAUGACGCGAACAAAACUGUCUUUACCUAAUGAAGUAAUAUGCGAGCGAAAGCAAAAGAGAGAAAGAAAAAAAAGAGUUUAAAUCAACGAUACUUUUUUAAACGUUGGCACACGCUCGGUGUGCUCGAGGCGAAUCAAAUACGAUUCUGUAUUUUUGAACGUUUAAUGGCUAAAAAACACAAUUUCGAUGUCGCUGACAGGAAUUCUAGUUUUAGGUGUAGCUAACGGCGAACGAGGAGAACAUUAUCUAAAUGUUUCAAACUGAGAUUCUUAGUAUUAUACGUAAAACGCUGAAAGUUUCCUAUCUAUUGCGAUUGUGGCGCGUUUCGUUUUCGCCCGUAAGAACGUAUUUCUCGUUAUAGUUAUAUAUCACACUUGUUCACACGUCACAUCUAUGGCUUUAUACGGAUCAGUUAUAAUUUAAUCAAAAACAGUUGGGUUGCGAAGUGUAUUAUUAAGGUUAAGGCGUUUCACACACAAAAACGUUAAUUUGCAACUUAGGUCAAUUUCAUGGAAAGUAUUACUUAGACGAGCAGUUGUAUCAAUUAUUAUCAAUAUUAAUUAUCGAUCGACAGAUAGAUAAUAAUGAUGAUUAAUUAUAUCCAAUUUUCGAGUAUUGCAAAUUGUGCAUGACAAAUAUACAAAUAUAUAAGUGUGUACUUGAUACACAAUUUAAUUAUGUAUUCCAACAAUUAAUCUAGAGAAUUGUAUUCGCAAAAAAUAUUUUACCGCGUUGUAUCAUAUUUUUAGAGAUAAUACUACUACAGUUGCGCGAUGUACAAUUGGAUAGAAACAAUUGCUCGUCUAAAUAUAUUUUUACUUAAAAUUAGCUUAAUUAUUGUGGUGACAUUUUCGUUAACCCAUUAAGAGCCAUAAUUAUAAUAUAAAGAAUCUUAGUUAGAGCAAAAUUAUUUUUACGUUCGAAGGAUUUCUCAGAUUGAUACUAAGAUCAAAUCGUGCAAUACAUAUUAUUUUGUUCGACAACUGUGUGAAGUAUAUUCUAAAAUUUAAUACCAAAAAUUUUAAUUUUAAUGAUAAAUUAUUUUAUUUUAUUUUAUUUUUACUGAAACUCUUUUACGUUCGUAUAUAAAACUUUGAUCCCAAAAAAUGUGUCCGUUGGCCGUUAAUGGGUUAAUCUAUCUUUCAUUGACGAAACUUUUUCUUGUUUUUACGAAAGUAUAACAGAAUCGCUCAUUGCGUACCAAUUCUUUGAGUAUUUUGCUACAACCAAGUAUACUUGGAAGUAAAAGCUGGUAAUUGCGGAAAAUAGUUUUGCAGAUGCACGCAUGCACGUGAUUGCAAUAUGCGUGCGCGCGCGUAUACGUUGUACAUAUAUAAGAUCUACGAAUCUAAUGUAACUCUUCUAAGAAGUCUGACUCGAAUCACACACAUACACACACACACACACGCACACACGCACACACACAGUUCGGCACACGAUGUUUUCUUCCGUGCUUUACGACAUCGACAACAAGCGAUACUCGCUGUCCGGGUCUAAAGGAGAGUUCAAUUCUUCUAUGCAUAUUGAUUUUAUCGAUAGUCUCGUUAGAGAAAGUUCGUUAGGCAACAUCUUUCGAAAGUUAAAAAAAAAAAA